AUGGUAACCAGAGGACUUUGGAACUUACAUUUCGAUGGGAAAUGGUAUCGUUGGUUCCACCCUCCUCGUGGACGGUCUUCAUCCCCAGACACGCGAACAACAUUGUACACUAUCCACCAAAUUCUUUCGAGAUCCGACAAAGUCAAGUUGGAAACUGUUCCGUUCCCAACACCGCUUCAUAUUGAACUUGAUUAUGUCUAUACCAUUGAUGAAGAUGCUGGUCAUUUUACAGUCACCCAGUGGCCAGGGGUGAAUGGGACUCUACACCGGAGAGUCCGACGGGCGACGUUGGCCAGUAUCCGAGAGACAUCGCUCAGCACAAUAGAAACACUCCUUGAUGAUAUGGUGGUAGUGUCCAAAUACAAAGAAUACUCAUUGAGUGAUUUGAAUGGCGCAACCGAUGUGCACCAUCUAUUGAAAUUAUUCGGAAUCACCCCCAGUAUCCCUGCGCCGUUAAACGAGCUACAAUUUCAACUGUUUACGGACUUUGUUUUCACGUGGCGGUUUUAUUUCGACGACAUUCCGACCUGGAAAACGUCCUUUCCCAUUUUCUCUGCCCUUGCUAUUGGAAUAUUGCGUAUCGCGGCAUGGGACUUUGAGGUCAGGAAUGCCGAUACUGAGGACCUGCCGAUCACAUUUUCCUCCCUUCCACAAUGGAAAGCGGCUAUUGAAAAAGUAUUCUGGUUCCACAAAUAUCUGGUCAUAUGUUGCAAUACUGAGGAAAUUGGCACUUCUGUUGCUGCAAAAGCAAAUGAAUAUUUGUCCCGCGUUGACAACGACGCCAGGGUCGCUCAGCCCAUAGUGGGGAUAGCCAUUUCCAUAAGGCAUAUCUCACUUUUCAAGAUUGACGACGGGAAUUUACUUCAUUCUUCCCCUAUUCCCCUGGUUACCAAUGCCUCGGCAUUGUCUUGCUCUCCGGGUUUCAAGAUUUUGGCCUAUUUGUUCACUUCCACUCACUGGACUGGAUCUUCGGCGAAGUCGACGGAAUCUUGGGCAGCCAAAAUACCCAUGGAGGUUUUUGACACGGUUCUGAAAACAUUCACGCCGAGGGAUCUGAUCUCCAUGGCGCAGGCGUCUUCUCUGGUUGAGCAAUGGUAUUACUCUUCCAUCCCCCAAAUAUGUAACAUCACAAUACACAAAUCACCCCUCUCAAUACCAUGCUGCGGCAAGCGGAAGAUACAGGAUGGCCCUGGGGUCUACUGCUUGGACUGCUAUGGGUGGUCACAUAUGGAAUGUGCAGAGCAGUCCUCAAGCAUGCAUUUUGAUAAGGAUAAGUAUAUCUGCUCUAGUUGCCAAGAGAACAGCCCUUGCACUGUUCUUGAGUCGGGUGGGAUCCAUCAAACCUACCGUAAGACUCGAAAACGGAAAUCUUGCAGUGUAUUCCACCGCGGCGAAUCGACAGAUUUUCUACUGCGGGUUUCUAAACCAGCCUCUCGCCGGCCAGAGUUAUGGCUAAUGCGAACCUGCCCCCCACCUCCUCCACAGAACGUCGAUUAUACGAUAUUCUUCAGUGGCGUGUUCUCUGGUCUCGCGUAUGGAAUUGAUUAG